AUUAUCCAUAAAGAGCACGGGGCACUAUCGUCAACUGACUUGAAAGUGCGUGCGCAUUACACCCCCAGCCAUGAGAAAACUCACAUGUAUUUCCCGCCUUGUAUUUUCAUACAUAUUCAAACUGUGCAUCUCUCUCUCUCUCACACACACACACGCUCAGAUUCGCCGUCGGCAGAAAAAUUGAUUUUGAAAAUAGAAUUAAUUGAGGUCACAACUGCAGUUUUGCUGCUUCUUUGUUCUCAAACAAUGGAGGUGGAUACACGGCAAUACUUACGAGAUGACCAAACAAGCAAUUGUAGGAGUUUUGGAAGCAUUAAUCAUCCAUCUAGUCAAUCGAGAAAGAUAUCAAUUGGAGUUGUGGUAGAUCCAUCAACCAAGAAAACGUCUGGAGUCACCAAGGAAGGUGAGGCUGUGGUGCCAAAUGCAGAAAGGGUGACAUAUAACUUAGGCAAUACCACAGAGGAAAUAAGCAAGGAGCAAGAAGUCACAGCUGCCAAGAAAACAAAACAAGCUACGGAUCCAGAGCAGGUGAAUUCCCCAUGUAUUAGUACUGCAUCAUUCCACCAGAAAAUGCAUACUACAGAUGCCGUUCUUCAUGCAAAACAGUCUUCUGAUUUGCCAUCUGGUAGUGGGAAGGAGUACAAACAGGAUGGAACAAGGAAUGCACCUGUUACAUGUUCUGUUCCGUUUUCCGCAAACCAGACAUCGUUAUUCCAGUCUGAUGGUAAGAAGCAGAAGAACUUUGAUGGAGUUAGCUACAGAAAGAGGAGAGUGAAGGAUGGAUCAGUGGAACUUCAGGAUUUCACAUUUGCGACUGCACAGGAAGUCGUAAUGACGGAUAAGGAUACACUAGUUAAUAAAACAGAUGCAACGGAUAAGGAUGUGAUAGUGGAUAAAACAGAUGCAACAGAAGGCAGGAGAACUGAAACUCUCAGAAAAAAGCUUUGGGAGAUAUUGGGAACUGUUUCUUCGCCUGAUGGUCAGCAUUCCAAAUCUCAGCCUCCUGAGGUUGCUGAUAAUAAUUUAAAUCCACAGCCGGAAUUUGAUCAAAUGGGUGCCACAGUUGUCAAGCCUAACAAUAACUCUGAUAUACCAGAGCAAAAAUAUGAUGAGAAGGGUGAUGCAUUUAUCAAACCCCGACAGAAUUCAGAUACUAUAGAAAUGGAAUCUGAAAGUCCUGAUAAUAUUGUAAGGAGACCUGUGACUCGUUCUUUGAGCCAAAAGAGAGGUCCAACCAAAAAACAGCAGACAAGUGCAAAAAAUGGUCCAUCCUCUGUUUACAAACUGAAACAUCAAGACAACAACAUAUUUUCCUUUGAACAAGAAUGUUAUGGGAAGCUUCAUGGCUCUUCUGGUGGUGGAUCCUCAAUGUCUAUGCGGAAGAAGAGCGAGGUCAAAAGUUUCAGAACUGAGUCGCAUGGGAUCUGCCUUCCUGAAAAGGGUAAACCAACCAAGACUCAGAAAGAGAUUAAUAGGAGUGAGCCACAAUCAUCUGCUAAGCAAACAAGUUCUGUAGGCAAGAAAAUAGGAGAUUUUCAUGGUUACCUACAUGAGAAUAAAAGAGAAUAUCAGGAACUGGAAAAAAAUAUUCAAGAGCAGGAAGUCUACCAAUCACCACUCCAAUACAAGAAAUUUAAGGCGGGUUUUUUCACUCCAGCAAAUAAAGACCACGAGGAAGACAAUGGCAAUCCAAACUUGAGGAAAGCUGCCAAUCCAGAAGAAGAUGAUCUAAGUCCCGAAUUUGGAAUUAAAACACCCGUGUCAACUUCUUCCCUUAGCUCAAUCCCAAACUCAGACCAAAUGGUAGAUGCUAGUAGUCCUGCUGUAACAGAGAGGAGAUUUAGUGUCGGAGAUAUUCGAAGUUUCAGUACUUUCUGGACUCCAAAACAAGAUUGUUGUGAUAAUGAACAAACAAAAUCUUUUGAUUCUGUAGAGGAACUCCAGGAUUCGCCAUUGAGAAAAACAACACCUGACAUGGAAGAAAAUGCGGCAGAAGAAGGCCUUCUUUCGUCACCAUCUGAAGAGGGGGACUUGAGGAGUUGUGGAGAAGGUUCUCCUAUUAUCCAAGGACAUGACUGGACUGAAGAAGACAACUGGAUAGAGGAACCUUCAGAGCAUAAUCAAGUGGAUGGACUGGCUAGGGCUGUUGAAUUGUUUGCAUUGGAAUUAGUAAAACUUAAAACCAAAAUGAAGUCUGCAACUAAUAGGAAAUCCACUGAAAUUUUGGUAUCUGUUGCCGCGGAGGUACAUAUGCAGCUGCAAACCAUUGAGUCUCAGAUUCAAACAGACAUAGGAAAGCAUACAAACCUCAGUAAAUCAAAGAAAAAAAGGCUGGAAACAAGGUUUGAAGAGCAACAAGAACAACUGAAAGUGAUUUAUGACAAGUUCAAGGAACAAGUCAAUCAGCAUCUUCAGGAAUGCAAGAGCACACUUGAAGGGCUGGAAGUGUACCAGACAGAGUUUAAGGGAACUGUUGAUAAGCAAAAAGCAUCACACAGAAAGCUUCUCAUGCGAGUGGAAGAAGCAAUUGAGACCCAAAUCAACGAUGCCCAAAGAAAAAUCCAAGUCACCCGAAGGAUGGCGCGUGGAAAGAUGCUCCAAUUGAAACACGAACUGGCAUUGUGUUUAAAAGACGGCAUUCUAAGUUGAUAUACACAAACUGUGUACAGAUUAGCUCACAGAAAGGUUUAGAACUAGGCAGCCUCAGCCCCGAAGAUUGCUUCUUGCAGGCCUUGAAAGUAACCAAAUGGCUUGCUCUAUUGCAGUUCCUGCUUAGAAAUAUAACAGUGAUCUCAUUGAGUCUGUCUGUAUUUGGUAAUUGGUAUGAAUUAUUCGAUCCUCCGUUAAAUGUGAUUUCAUGUAACGCAUGAAUAUAUAUAGUUGAAGAAUGAAUCGUUCACAGGAAAUUGAGACUAAUCUCCUAAUGCAUAUAUGACUUUCUUUUUCCUCCCUUGAAGAGCAUAUGUUUGAUCA